AUGGCAACUGUUCCCACAGACUAUCCUCGCCCAGACUUUGUCCGCUCAGCUCUCCAUUGGGAGAGUCUCAACGGGCCAUGGGACUUCCUCUUCGAUGACCUCGACGAGGGCCAAGCCAAAGCAUUCCACCUGCAAGGCUUGCCUUCUCACGCAGCAGCGGAGGGCAAGCCUAAUGCGAAGAGGACUAUCCAGGUUCCCUUCGUGUUCCAGGCUCCCGCCUCUGGCAUCCAUGAAAAGGGUGUUCAUCAGGUGCUUUGGUACGAACGCCGCAUUGAAGACUUGCGAAGUGCCGAAGAGAAAGCCAAUGGCUUCCGACUCCUGCUUCGAUUUGGCGCUGUAGACUACCAUGCCAAGGUGUGGCUCGAUGGUCGAUAUACUGGCGAGCACAGUGGAGGGCACGUGCCUUUCGAUGUAGACCUUACAGAUGCACUUGCUACGUCUACUAUGACUGCAAGUCGACUGACGAUCAGAGUCUUCGACUCGGCGUAUGAUCUUACACAGCCGCGAGGGAAGCAGUACUGGGGCCCAGAGCCCGAGAGCAUUUUCUACACGCCGUCCAGCGGUAUUUGGCAAUCCGUGUGGCUCGAAAGUGUGCCUCCAGCGCGUCUUGUGGACGGCAGCUACGGCACCAUUCUAAACCCCACGAGCAUCGAACGGGGCGUAUUAGACGCACGCGUAUGCACGUCUGGAAGAAGACUGGGUCAGCCUCUGACCAUUGAAGUGGAAAGCAGCAUUGGGGGUGUCAUGAUAGGAAGAGAACGCAAAGAACUGCCACGAGAUGAAGAUUUCGCUCGCUUCGAGAAUCUCAAUAUGCGCCUUUCCGCUGAACAUUUUCAAGUACUUCCAGCAGAAUUCACCAGAGUCGCUCCGCCGUCUGAUACGCGCUGCUGGCGAAACGGCGUCGCGCUCUGGUCUCCACAAUGUCCCUUGCUCUACGACAUCAGCAUUCGUAUACUUGAUCCUACUGGCAGACUGCUCGACGAGGUACGCACGACCACCGGCAUGCGCUCGCUGAGCUGGGACAACGGUAACGGAACCUUUACACUCAACGGUCGACCUUUAUUUCAAGCUCUUUUACUCGAUCAAGGCUACUGGCCGGAGACUCUGAUGACGCCUCCUUCAUCUGAAGCACUGAAGAAAGACAUCGAGCUCAGCAAAGCCAUGGGAUUCAAUGGAUGUCGGAAGCAUGAGAAAGUAGAAGAUCCCGUCUUCUUCUACUGGGCCGACCGCCUCGGCUUCCUCGUCUGGGGUGAAAUGGCCAGUUGCUACAACUUCAGCAUCGAAAUGAUGCGACGCUUCGAUCAAGAAUGGAUGGCGAUGAUGAGGAGAGACAUCAACCACCCUUCCAUCAUCACUUGGACCCUGGUGAACGAAAGCUGGGGAUAUGACUUGGGAGGAGGAGACGUGCGACAGCGAAACCACAUUCGCAGUCUCUACUACCAAACGAAGAGCCUCGACCCCACGAGAGCAAUCAACGACAAUUGCGGCUGGGAACACGUCCAGACCGAUCUGUCGACGUUUCACGAUUAUGCCGAUGCAAACGGGAUGCGAGAGCGAUGCCAAUCGUUGAAAGAAAUCAUCGGAAGAGGAAGAGCAAUGUUUCUGAAUCCCAUCUACGGCCCCUCCCACCGCCUCCUCGACCCAGGCUCCAGCCACAUCUCCGGCGCCCCCGUCCUCUGCACCGAAUUCGGCGGUAUCAACAUCUCCUCCCCCACCACCAACAACGCCAACGACCCAUCAUCCCGAAAAUCCAACUGGGGCUACACCACCGCGCGCGACGCCGCAGAUUUACUCCAUCGCAUCGACGACAUGAUCAUGGCGACGGUCGAGCAGGGUCACGUGUGCGGGAUUGUGUGGACGCAAUUUACGGAUAUUGAGCAGGAACAGAAUGGAUUGUAUACGUAUGAUCGACGGGAGAAGGUGGCUGCGGGGGAAAUGCGCAAGGUGAUGCAGAAGGCGGAGAGGAAGUAUUUUGAACGACUGUUGGGGUGA